CGAGUGAAACCUCCCUUCACGGGCGGAGACGAUCUUCGUCACAAACAUGGCAGCCCACAUGUGAAUGUCAUGCCAUUCUAAUCCACAGCCCGGAUCCGUCCAUUUUUGAGUGAUUAUUGAGUCUUUAAAUUUCACGUGUGUUUCAUAUACUGUGUUUAAGUGUCUGUAUUGAUCCCCGACAGUCAGGAUUCGGGAAAACAACAUUUUUACUCAUUUCCGUAGUCAACUCUCAUGUUAGCAUAUUAGCUAACCAGUCGACAAGCGAUGGAUCCUGACCAACAGCUGAGAAAUCUGCGCGAUUUUCUUCUGGUUUACAACCGCAUGACAGAAAUCUGCUUUCAGCGAUGCACAAGCAACUUCAACUACAGAAACCUGACGAUGGAUGAGGAGCAGUGCGUGGACAGUUGUGCAGGGAAGCUCAUUCGCUCCAACCACCGCCUCAUGGGCACCUACGUGCAGCUGAUGCCUCGGAUGGUGCAGCGCCGCAUGGAGGAGAUGGAGAGCAAAGCUGCGGAGAAUGCCAAGGCAGCAGAGGCGGCAGCAUCUGGAGCCGCUGGGACUGCAAUUACAGAGGCCUCACCCCCACCACAACCCCCCUUUACCCCAUCUCCAAACACACAAGUAUCCUCAUUUUUAUCUCCUUCGUUAACUGAUGUUGGAGCAGAUGUCCGUGGCUCAGCCUUAGAGCCAGCAGGAUUAGGUAUCCCAGCUGAGGUGAAUGGCGCUGUAUCCACGUCAACCUCGGAAGUCAAAUUAUCAGCUGCAGCACUCACACCUGCCACUGAAACUGUAAAUCCCUCAGUGCUCAAUGAAGCAGGCAAUGGACCUUCAUAUAUGACAGGGUUGUCUCAGCCGCCAGUAGCUGGUGCUCAAAUUGAUUCCGGGAGCUCCGCGCCUUUGUUGAUGCCGUCUCAACCAUCAUCCUUCUCAGACGGCGUGUUAACAGCAGCGCCUCCAGCACUUAAAUCAGAGCGCCUGUCAGGCCAAGAUAGAGGACAGCAGGCCCCGACUAACACCACAAACAGCUGAAAUGUGUUUUCGCCUCUCGCCGUCAGGCAUCAGUGGUGCUUGGUAAAUUGAUUGACAUAAAGAUACCAUCAUUUUUUUUUUUUUUUUUU